AUGGCCAAAAUGAGGAGACACAUCAUUUAUCGCAAGGAUGACGGACUUGAUAACUUCAUGCUUCUUAUGAUGGGUGAAUAUCGGAAGAGGGAGUGUGGCAAGCGUAAAAGGCAUCGAGGUUCAGUUUUAGGACAUAAGGUUUAUGACCGGAGGAGGGAGGAAGGCGCUAAAAAACUAUAUCAGGAUUACUUUGAUGAAAAUCCGACAUAUCCUGAGAAAAUUUUUCGACGCCGCUUUCGGAUGAGUUCCCGUCUUUUAAACAAGAUCGCUAAAGCUGUUGAGGAGCAUGACCAUUAUUUUGUUCAGAAAGAAAAUGCUGCAGGUGUAUGUGGGUUUUCCUGUCUGCAGAAGGUAACAGCAGCAUUAAGACAACUGGCUUAUGGUGUACCAGCAGAUUAUGUUGAUGAGUAUGUGCGGAUAGGUGAAAGCACUGCUAUUGAGAGUUUGAGGAAAUUUGUUAGAUCUAUUGUUGAUGUGUUUAGCAAGGAAUAUCUGAGAGCCCCAAAUGCAGAUGAUACAGCCAGACUACUUAAUAUUGCAGAAAAGCGAGGAUUUCCUGGUAUGCUUGCUAAUGGUGAAGCCCCAGAAGUUAAGUACACAAUUAAUGGUCAUAACUAUGACAUGGGCUACUAUCUCGCAGAUGGGAUUUAUCCUACUUGGUCGACAUUUGUCAAAACUAAGAAGGCACCAGCAAAUGUGAAGGACAAGAAUUUUGCUAAAGCUCAGGAGGCACAGAGGAAAGAUGUUGAGCGUGCUUUUGGUGUAAUGCAAGCUCGAUUUGCCAUUGUUCGAGGUCCGGCGCGAUUUUGGGAUGAAGCUACACUUCGAGACAUAAUGAUAGCAUGUGUAAUCAUGCAUAACAUGAUUAUUGAAGAUGAACGUAAUGACGACAGCUUAUAUGACUCAUAUGACAAGAAUGAUGCUGAUGUCAAGGAUGUAGUUUCACGAGCAGGGACUUCAAAGUUUACGUCCUUUGGUCAUAUGCGUGAAGAAAUCGAAAAUUCUCACGUACACCGUCAACUUCAGGAAGACCUUGUUGAACAUCUAUGGUUGCGUCGAGGACAAAUGGAGAAUCAUGAGUAG